UCCUAGUUUAUCUUCUAUUAACGAUUUUAUUCUCCAGGCAAAUGCUUCCCUCUCCACCCCUCUAUAAGUCACCCUUGGGUUCAUAUUCAAAGAUCUCACAAUAACUGCUUUUUACAGGUGGAAACAUAUCCUAGAAAUUUCCAGGCUAGAGGCCUGAAGGGCACUUUUAGGAGCACGGAAUUCUGUGCCGCAGAUUGGCUCUUCACUGCUGCUUGGCGGCUUCCUUCCAGUAGGGAGAGCGCAUUAGCUAUAGGGCUGUCUCGGCGAGGGUGGAAUGGGGGCGCAGUCUCUCUGUGAGUCCAGAGUGGUAGGUAGGGCCCCGUUUGGCUCAAUGCAGAGUCCGGAGUCUGAGUGGGACAGAAGGUCCCUGUUGGGUGCCUAGGAAGUUACAUUUGGGGCCAAUUUGUAUCUCCCUGAAACACCUGCGCUCCGAGGGGGCGCCUGUACUCAGACCAGCAUCUUGUAGAGGACCACUGGGUGUCAGUCCUCGCCCUCCUGCGUACCUCAGUUUCCUAGGCUGUGCCAGGGCCACUGCUAAUCAGGAGAGGAGGGCGCUGCACGAGCAGCUGCGGGCAGACGGAAGGUCACACAGAUUACGUCUGGGAUCGCGGCUUUCGGUUCCCCGGAGGGAAGUGACCCGGAAAGUGCAGGCCCGAAGAUGGAGCCUCCAGAAACUCGGAGGGCCGUGGGUCCCUAGCCCAGAGGCAAAGCUCGAGAAAACUCCGGUGCUAGCAGGCGGCGGCGGAGGAUGGGCAUUCAGUCGGUUUGCGCCGGAGGGCGGUCAGGUGCAAGGGGGCGGGGGCUAAAGGCCACGGGUUGCGGGGUCAGGGCGGGCCGGCGGCGGGGCAUUUAAACCCCUCUGGCUGCCAGCUCCGGACGCGUGCCCAGCUCUGCACCCUCCUUCGUCCGCCUCCUCUGCUUUGCCUCGGGUACCGGCUGGGCAAGAUGAGGUCUUCCUUGGCUCCCGGCGUCUGGUUCUUCCGUGCCUUCUCCAGGGACAGCUGGUUCCGAGGCUUCAUCCUGCUGAUGACCUUCCUCAUCUACACCACUUAUCACAUGUCCCGGAAGCCCAUCAGUGUUGUCAAGAGCCGUCUGCACCAAAACUGCUCGGGGAUAAUCGAGCCCGUCAACAAGAGCCACAGUCUCAACGACACCACGUGGUGCAACUGGGCCCCGUUUGAUCAGAGCAACUACAAGGAGUUACUGGGGGCCGUGGACAACGCCUUUCUCGUGGCCUAUGCCAUCGGCAUGUUCAUCAGUGGCAUUUUUGGGGAGCGGCUCCCCCUCCGUUACUACCUUUCGGCCGGAAUGCUGCUCAGUGGCCUUUUUACCUCACUCUUUGGCCUGGGGUAUUUCUGGAACAUCCACGUGCUCUGGUACUUCGUGCUCAUCCAGAUCUGCAACGGCCUUGUCCAGACGACGGGCUGGCCCUCCGUGGUGACCUGUGUUGGCAACUGGUUCGGGAAGGGGAAGCGGGGGCUCAUCAUGGGCAUCUGGAAUUCCCACACGUCCGUGGGCAACAUCCUGGGCUCCCUGGUCGCCGGCGUCUGGGUGGAUGGGCAGUGGGGCCUGUCCUUCGUGGUGCCGGGCAUCGUCAUCGCCAUCAUGGGCCUUGUCACCUUCUUCUUCCUCGUUGAGUACCCAGAAGACGUGGACUGCACUCCUCCUCAGCACCACGGUGAGCCGGAAGAGAACCUGGACAACCCUGAGGACCCUGCGAACAGACCCCACGCUAACAAGGAGAGCAGCCUGGAGUCUGCUGGCAGUGGCUCCAAGGAGCCAAGCGCUGGGCCUGCUGCCAUCAGCUUCUUUGGGGCGCUCCGGAUCCCGGGCGUGAUCGAGUUCUCCUUGUGUCUGCUCUUUGCCAAGCUGGUCAGUUACACCUUCCUCUACUGGCUGCCCCUCUACAUCUUCAAUGUGGUUCACUUUAGUGCCAAGGAGGCUGGGGAUCUGUCCACGCUCUUCGACGUUGGUGGCAUCAUAGGUGAGGCUGUGCCCUCCCUGCUCUGCCUCUAGGCUGCAUUCCCCUCUCCUCUUAUGUUCCUGUACAACUACGUUGGCCAGAAUGGGAUUAGCAUCUCCAUAGUAAUGCUGAUUAUCUGUGGGGCCCUGGUCAACGGCCCAUAUGCGCUCAUCACCACUGCUGUCUCAGCUGACCUGGGCACUCACAAGAGCCUGAAGGGCAACGCGAAGGCGCUCUCCACCGUCACGGCCAUCAUCGACGGCACCGGGUCCAUAGGUGCGGCUCUGGGACCUCUGCUGGCCGGGCUCAUUUCCCCUACAGGAUGGAACAACGUCUUCUACAUGCUCAUCUCUGCCGACAUCCUGGCCUGCUUGCUCCUCUGCCGGUUGGUGUACAAAGAGAUCCUGGCCUGGAGGUCAUCCCUGAGAAGAGACAAAGGCUCUAGUGUGGCCCUAACCCACGCGCGGUAGUAUUUUCCUCAAAUCCCAUGACUUUUGUAUAGAGAAAUGUGAGGCCCCAAUCAGGACAGAAGCGUGGAGGGCCCCCGCCGGGCCCCAGAGUGCUCCCCCACAGAUCGCUGAGGCAAAGCCUCUUGACCCGACAGCAGCUGGCCCAGCCAACGGGCUCUGACGGGCCAGGAGACUCCACAGGAAGGGGACUGCCAAGCUUGAGGACACGGAAGACCCAGGGGCCUUGCUGGAGGAUGGAAGGAAAGUGCCCACUGAACUGGGAAGGCAUCUUGAGACCAAACACUAGGCCGGCAGCUCCACGAGACCAGUGGAUCAGUUUAUCGCAGGGUCACUUACUCAUGGGGUGGGAUCGGGGUCAACUCAGGUAGAUACACUCUGGAAGCAUUGGCAGCUGCGCUCUGCACCGCGGAGGGGCCGUUGGGACGACUUUGUAGUUAACCUAGGUCGGGGCAGGAGCUUGGAAGCAGGCAGGCAUUCCUAAGUUAAGAUGAUGAAUGGAUAACUGGUCGUGUGGGUGCCGGGAAUACGUCAGGGAAGGUUUUCAUCAUUGUUUGGAGACUAACAGAGCAUAGAGGCUACCUGGUCCUAAUGGUUAUUAAACAGUAUCUAUUAACUACAAGGCUCUUGAUGACAGAGGAGUGAUUCACCACACAGCACAGUCCUGGGUAGAGUCAGCAAAAGAAGAGGAGAGACUGUGAGGGCCCAAGAUGGCCUCAGUUACGCGGACAGCAGUACAGGUGUGAGCUCUGGAGGCUGUGGGCAGAAGGGUCGGGGAUCAGGGCUGAGUGUGGUCUCCAUUUGGUACAAGAAGGACAUGCUCAAACUCCUGCUGCUUUAGAUUCCAACACAGAAGGCAGAGUUUCAGUGGAGCCAAGGCCUGGAAAAAAUGUCUCCUUCUCACGUUAAACUUGAACCUCUGUAAUCAGCCUGUCCCUCUAAGUGGGUAUUUUCAAGCCACCCGGCCCCUCUUUGUCCCUUUGUCCACAAGCUGGUUUUCUCCAGGUAGUUCCCCCCUGUGGCACCUCUCCUACCCUCCAUUUGAUCCUGUUUCUAACUCUUGAUCCGUUUUGAUUAAAGCAUUAUUGCUGUAUCCUCCGGGGCCAGGACUAGGGAGAGGCAAGGAGUCAUCACUCCCGGGCUCGGACCUGUGCCGCCCCUGAGAGUGAGCGCCCCCUGCCUUGCUCGAGUCCCAGUCCUCUGUGUCCCCAGGGACGGUGGCACAUCAGGGCAGUGCUGUGGGGAAUGGUUUGGGGUGGGGUGGGCAUGACUGAAAAUACCAAUAUAUGCAUUAAAUAUUUUGA